GCAAAAUUGUCACAUUGCUGGCUGUGCUGGCGACCGCGAGCUCUCGAGAACGGAGACCUAUACACAUUCUACUGUCAAUUAAGAUCGUCUUCGCAGGAUUGAUACAGAUUCGAUGAAGGGUAAAAUCCGCUGCCGCCGUAAGGGGCAAAAAUCGCAAGGAGGUGUAUUUCCUGCGAGCAAAGACGCGCCGUCAGCGGAGCAGUUCGGACGCAUGCUGCGAUUUGGACAGUGCGAAGUGGAGAACAUUGUAUCUGUCGAAAGCGAUACUGAGGAGUCAGGAUCUGAUACAGGAUCAUCGGACAGCACAGGAUCAUCGGACAGCACAGGAUCAUCGGGCUCAGACUCGACCAACCCUAGUCUAGCCCAGAAAGAUGACACAUUACAGACCAAUGUUGUAACAUUCAGGACUGGAGACAGUGCUGUACUUGCAUCUCACUAUGAUGGAACACCAAACUUAUGGGUUGGCUAUAUCACAGAGAUAUGUGCAGAAUCUCUGGAUAUAGACAAGGUGUGGGUCAAGGUCUUUUGGACUUGGUCUGGCAGAGAUCUCCAGGCAUUGAUCCAGUCUUUUGAUGCAUCAGAGUUUGCUCCCUAUGAACGGGCUGUUUCAAACUAUGCCACAAUUGAAUCAGCAAGCACAUUGCUAGAUGUCAAGCACAUGUAUGAAUGGGAUGAACAAUCCUUGGACCCCCCAGAACUGGACUUUGACACCCUGUUUACAAGAUCUACAUUGUCCUAUGCCAGGAAGGUUGUUAAUCCAAAAGCAGCAUUUGAGAUGUGCUUGCCAGGCAAAUGCAGGUCACCAAGAGGCUAUAAUCCAUUCUCUGCUCACCAGCAUGAUGACACUAUAAUGCAUUUCUGCCCUCGGAUCACAUGCCGGAGAUGGUAUCAUCAGAUCUGUCUUCUGCACUGGAACAAGAUUGACAGCUCUGCUGUGACCCACCUUGCUGACCGUGGUGUCCGGCUCCUGGCUGUGGAUCCUGAUGAUGGGCAAAGCUGCCCAUUGCUUGCCUAUUACACUGAUGGCAGUGAAAGCAACAUGAUGCAGGUUGAUGAUGAUGAGCAUCCUGAUGUCUGCUCUGAGUCUGACCAUCAGUCCAACUCCGGGCCUGGCAUACCCAUUUCUGCACCAGAGCCAUCAACACCUUACCCACUGGACUUCGUCCUUGCAGAGAUGUCCCGAUCGGAUGUUAUCGCGGACCUCCCUCCAGCCCUUAUCUGCAUAUCCCAGUGCCCCAUUGUCCGCCGCCCGGGCCCAGCACAAGAUGGUUGGACACCAGCCGGAAAUGUGAAGGAGGUUGUCCUUGCACGUCGGCUGGUCUAUGCUGCCUUUGAACCCGAUGAGUCGAUCAAUGACAACUGGUCAGCCCUAAAUCCACAGGAGUGCUGCGACAGAAUUGGCGUGAGUUUCCGGUAUGCGACACCGUACCCGCCAUACUGGCAGCGUCGCGAGAAGGAACUGGAAACCGAGACGUGGAUGUACCAGCCGCCGGUGAUUUGCCCGAACUGCAACGCGGCGAUCUAGAUGUUCGUUUUGUUGAAUGCUUUGUAUUUGCUUUGCUCGGUGUCGUCUCAACCUUUCUUGCUAUCUUGCUAGUAUGAUGACACGCGAGAUAUAUUCCGUUGGACAAAGUGAAAGUCAACACACCCCCUCGAGAUCAGGAUCAAGGAGGACAGGAACAAUACGCGCCAACAAAUUACUAGGGAAUAGAUAUAAUCCGGUCCAUCGAGCGAAUUUCGUCUGAUUUACUUCGAAGUCAGACGAAAAUGGCACAAUAUCGUACAACAGGCAUCGGGAUACGCAGGCAGACUAGGACGACUGGAGAUUUCGAUUCUGGUAGGAGGCUGAAUAUGGGUGUUUGUGAAGUUGAAGGGG